GCUAGGACAAAAUAUAGGAAUGGUCAAUCAGUAAUCUUUAUAAACAGCUCUUAGGCUUCUUCAGAAAAAUACAUUUUCUGAUCAUAAACUUUUUUCUACCUCCAAACUUUAAGCAAAUGGAAAUAAAUUUCUCCAAUAAAGUAGUCUUUGUAAUUGCAUUGUCUGUCAUCCUAACAUUAUCGAGUUCGAUAAGGGCAGUAGAGGUCGACAAAACCCGAGCUUCGGUAGGGCAAAGAACAUGCCGGACUGUUCAACAAUCUUGCGGAGGAAUGUCAGCAUAUCAAUGCUGUGAAGGACUAGAAUGCAUUUUCAACGGUGACUAUCCAGGUGCAACAGGAACGUGUAUGCGACGAACAUGUAAGACCGUUCAACAAUAUUGUGGUGGCACCUCAGGGUAUCAAUGUUGUGAAGGACUACGAUGUGAACUCGACGGUGAUUAUCCAGGAGCAGGUGGAGUUUGUAGGCCGCGAAAACCAUGUCGAAGGACUUAUCAACUUUGCGGAGGCAUCAAUAGAUUGAAAUGUUGCGAAGGAUUAAGAUGUGUAAUUGAUGACGAUUAUCCGGAAGUUGGCGGAGUUUGUAUGCCAGGAAGAAAAUGUCAAAGUGAUUAUGAAUCUUGCGGUGGUAGCACUGGACUUCAAUGUUGCGAAAGGUACGCGUGUGUUUAUGAUGCGAGUAGCUACGCCGGUGAUGGUGGUGUUUGUGUUCCAACUUACAAGCAGAGUUCUUCGUCGAAAUGAUGAUAUUAUUACUUAUUAGUCCAUUCAUGUGGAUGGCUCUCUCAUUUUCUUGAGCUAUAAUUGUGUUAAUUUGAGUUGCAUAUGUGUAUUUUUUUUGUUGAGUGUUUGAUUUCUUGUAUUAAUUUUUAUUGUAUUGAUUGAGUUUAAUAAAUAAUACGGAGUUUUAUAAAGAAAUUUAUAUGUUAUGUGUUUGGGUACAAAAUGAUUUUUAUGCCACUAAACUUCAAGCCAACGUACACACU